ACCCUUAUCCUCCACCCAUACACAUCUCUACUCUUCAAUGUGUUAUUUACCAUUUAUUGCCACCACUAUCUCUCUCUGUGUUCAAAAUUUGUUAUUUUUGCAAAUUUGAAGGAUACCCAUCUGAUAUCUUGGCCUCUUGAAAGCUUCGAUAAUAAAUGAAAGCUACGAGGAUUAGAGCUAAAAAGAUCAAAUCUUUUGUUUUUGGAUUCAUUAUGUGAAGUGAGUUUCAAUCGAGUUGUUCUUAAAAAGGAUCUAAAUUGAAGUUUUAGAUUUUGUUUUUCGACAAUCUGUUGAUAAAGAAGUGCUAGUUUCAUGGCUGGAAGUAAUGGAGUUAAUCUCAAUGAAAGCAAGAGGGUGGUACCCCUGAAUACAUGGGUCCUCAUAUCAAAUUUCAAGCUGGCUUACAAUCUUCUUCGUCGUCCUGAUGGGACUUUCAACCGCCACUUGGCUGAGUUCCUUGACCGGAAAGUUCCUGCUAACGCGAAUCCAGUUGAUGGGGUUUUUUCAUUUGAUGUUAUCAUUGAGCGUGGGACUAGCCUUCUUAGUCGAAUCUAUAGACGAGCUGAUGCGCAAGAAUCACAACCAAAUAUUGUUGACCUUGAGAAGCCUGUCAACUCGGAGGUUGUCCCUGUCAUAAUCUUCUUUCAUGGCGGAAGCUUUGCUCACUCUUCUUCAAACAGUGCUAUAUAUGAUACACUCUGGCGACGCCUGGUGGGCCUUUGCAAGGCCGUGGUAGUGUCUGUGAAUUAUAGGCGUGCACCUGAAAAUCGAUACCCAUGUGCUUAUGAUGAUGGAUGGACUGCUCUGAAGUGGGUUAAUUCAAGAACAUGGCUCCAGAGCAAGAAAGAUUCUAAAGUUCAUAUAUACUUGGCUGGGGAUAGUUCUGGUGGUAACAUUGUUCACCAUGUUGCUUUAAGAGCAGUAGAAUCGGGAAUUGAUGUUUUGGGAAACAUACUGCUGAACCCAAUGUUUGGCGGGCAAGAGAGAACAGAAUCAGAGAAGCGAUUAGAUGGCAAAUAUUUUGUUACUCUCCAAGACCGAGACUGGUAUUGGAGAGCAUUUCUUCCUGAAAGAGAGGAUAGGGACCAUCCAGCAUGUAAUCCAUUUGGUCCAAAAGGUAAAAGCCUUGAAGGAAUGAAAUUUCCUAAGAGUCUUGUAGUGGUGGCUGGCUUAGAUCUUGUUCAUGACCGGCAAAUAACAUAUGCUGAAGGUCUCAAGAAGGCUGGUCAAGAUGUGAAACUUCUAUAUCUGGAGCAGGCAACAAUAGGUUUCUACUUGUUGCCCAAUAACAAUUACUUCCAUACAGUGAUGGAUGAGAUAAGUGAAUUCGUGAGUCCUAACUGUCAAUAGGGUUAACUUUACCAACUGGCAGCCAUACUUGACCGAAGCUUGACAUUCCUCUUUGGCUAAAAUACGUGUUGUUUGCUGUUUUAUGAUUGUGUAGUGUUACCACUUUCUGUUUUUAUUAAUCUUAAGUUGUUGCGUUCUGCUGCUCCGGGGUUCGGUCAUUGAAGUUUCCAGAAACAACCCGGCUCUGUUAUUGGGUGCAGAGCAUUUAUCUAGCUGUGGUUCGGAUCGUGAUCUGUUAUAUGUCCAUUUUGCAGAAUUUGAGAGGUGUAGUUUUUUGAAGUUUUAAUAGCAGUGGGGGGUCCUGUUGCACUCAAUUUGGCAGACCUACCACUUUUAAGGUUACCCUUUCUGACUUCCAGCCCCAAAGGAGAGGAAGAUGAAACUACUGGGUUUAUAUUUAGUGGCUGAUCCCUUGUGGUGGACGGGUCGAAGCCUCUCUGAUGUUACAAGGCUAAUUUUAGAACAUGGAUAUGAAAAAGUCCAUAGUACUGUCAUGCAGUAUGUUUCUAGAUACGCUUUAGUAUAUAAGAUAUAUAUAUAAAGGUGUUUGCUUAUCCUUUUUUUUCUUUUUGUUGCAACUGUAAAUGUUACGAUGUUAUUUCAAAUUCAGAAAUUAUCAAGCACUCCUAUAUAGGUUUUCUUUGGAUUC